GGGUCCAGGGUCGCAGGUGGGAUGGUUCCCCACUGCCAGGUUGAAGUAUUGUAUUUUGCAAAAAAUGCUGAAAUAGCAGGAGUUCGUUCAGAGACAAUUUCUGUGCCACAAGAAAUAAAAGUGUUGCAGCUGUGGAAUGAGCUAGAAACUCGGCAUCCUGGAUUGGCUGACAUUAAAAAUCAGGUUAUCUUUGCCAUUCGUCAGGAGUAUGUCGAGCGGGGAGACCAGCUCCUCCAGCUGCAGCCAGGAAAUGAACUCGCCAUCACCCCUCCCAUUAGUGGAGGGUGAUGCUUUUCAGCCAUGUGGCUUAGUUCCAGUGUCGGAGGCAAGCGUAGUUAUCGCUGUGAUCUCAGCCCGCAGGGCCGAGUCUCUAGCAGCCGUGAGUAUGCCAUCAGUGCUCUAAAAGCCAAAGUGCUCAUU